AUGAGUAGCGAGACAUGGACGAGUUGGUCUUUCCUCACGUCUUUGGCUGGGUUAGUGAUCAAGUCAAUCGAAUUUCCUCCAUGGUUAAUACUCAGCUGCUUGAGCUUCGUUUCCGAUCCUUAUCGAACAAUGAGGCGUGGUAGACGCUUUCUACUGUCGAGGAUUGUGGAGCUAUGCGAUUUAGGGUUAAAAGAUGAUACGAAGCCGGCGUUGGAGGUCAUGCGCAGGUUAGCACGUGGUUUGUUUUGGGCUGUUUACGUAGGAGUCGUCUUGUUUGCCUUGUUGGUUUGUGCUUUCUUGAUCAGUGGUUUGUUUAUUAGCCAUUUGGCUCAUGAACCACUUGUAGUCAAAGAGAGCUUGAAUUUUGAUUACACCAAGAACAGCCCUGAAGCAUAUGUGCCUAUAACCUCGUACAAGAACAGUCAUAUAAAUCACAAGACAGAGAUCACUGUCUCGGUGAUAUUGCCUGAGUCGGAGUACAAUAGAAACCUCGGAAUGUUUCAGGUCCGGGUGGAUUUCUUGUCCGAGAGCGGUCAAAUCCUUGCUAGCUCAAGACGGUCGUGUAUGGUGAGAUUCAGAAGCGAGCCUAUCCGUCUUGUCCAGACAUUCCUAAAGAUUGUUCCGCUUGUCACUGGCUAUGUCUCUGAAAUCCAGACCUUGGACUUGAAGAUCCAAGGCUUUGGUGAGAAAGACAUUGUUCCCACUGCUUGCUUGAAGAUAGUGAUUGAACAACGAGCAGAGUUCGAGUUCCGUCGUGGAGAAGGUAUACCGGAGAUUUACGAUGCUUCUCUGUUGCUCGAAUCCCAACUUCCUUUCUUCAGGAGGAUCAUAUGGAACUGGAGGAGAACUUUGUUCGUCUGGAUCAGCAUGAGUUUGUUUAUUACGGAACUACUUUUCGUCUUAGUUUUCUUCAGAUCUGUGAUCAUCCCAAGAACAGGUCAGAUAGCACAAUAA